AUACUCAACUGCAUAAAAAAAGCCUAAUUUUUUAACAAUUAAAGUUGAGUUUUUUAAUAUUAUUUUGUUUGGGUAUGAUAUAAAAAUUUAACUUAAAUAUGAUAAAGUUGAGUUUUUUACUUUUUUAUUUUUCCGGUAUGCUAUAAAAAUUAAAUCUUGGUACUCUAAAACCCUUUUUUACUAAUAAAUUUUUAUCAAAAAAAAAAUACUCAACUGCAUGUUCUUCUUGAUUGUAACAAGUUAACAACUAAAUUUGAUUACUGUAUAGCUGCUAAAGAGCAUCUUUUUUUGCUUUAUGGAGUUACAUUGUACUUGUGCUGCUGAUGGGAGGUAAUAGGUACCCUAUGUAGAAUUAGUCGAGGUGGACUCUCUUGGAUGUAAAUUUCAUAUUCUUGAAGUCCGUGCUUCUUCAAAUUAGGGGGAUUCUUCAUAGUUGCAUUCCGUCGUUUGACUUUUCCUCGGAUAAUAAAGAGGGAGAGAUAAUAGGACUUCCUAAACCAUGUCCAUAUUCUUCAAUGUACAAGAAACAGAAUUAAGUUGUACAAAAGAAGUUUUCUUGUCUGCCAUCCGCUUUGCCACUUCCACCGCUGAUUCUUUCCCUCAAUUCGAGGAUGAUCUAAGAACCUCAGCCCAGGAACAAGUCGAGUUCAUGCUCGAGGAUGAUGAAAAUAUUCCCCUGGUCAUGGCUGAUGAUGAAAUAAAAGUGGAGACUAGAAUUUUGGUGUCUAAAAUCUUUAGUUCUUUCGAAAAUGAAUUAUUCUCCUUGAUAUUGGAGCCCGAUUUUGCAAAUGAAGAGAUGGAAAAGAAAAUAAUGCGGAGUCUAUCUGACCUUGAAUGGAUCCAUAACACUCUUUUGAAGAUGGAUCUCGUGAAGGAUUUUGUCUCCAACUGGGUUAAUAUAUCGAGCAAUUUACUGAAGGUCAUCGAAGAUAAAAGACUUGAUUCUAUCAUGUGGGGUUUGAAGAUAAAGUUAAUAGAAGUGACAUCAAAAGUAUUGGAAGCGGUAGGUUAUGGAACCGUAGUUCUUCCAGCAGAAAGUCGAGUAGAAUUGGUCAAGAAAUGGAUACCCUACAUAAGAAAAAUGAAAUCCCUUUCCGAUAAAACGGAGGCCGCAUUUCCAUACAAGAUGAGCGAAGACCUUUGCCAAGGCGUCGAGGGAGCAAUAGUUUCAUUGGUUUCAGCAUUACCAUCAAAUGAUCAAGCUGAAAUUCUAUCAGAUUGGAUAAGUGCUGAGCAGGUUAAAUAUCCAGACCUUAGUGAAGCUUUUGAGAUAUGGUGUUAUAGAACCAAGUCCGCGAAAAGAAGAUUGGACGAGGCUUUGACCGAGUCAGCAAUGCCAUUGUCACCCUUAAUUUCCGAAGAGGAAACUUCACCACUUAGUAGAGUGCCCAACAUAUUUCCUGGGUGAUAUCUAUAAUCCUUUCUAUUGUUGAUUUAGAAGCCGAUGCCGAUUUCGAGUAUAUUACUGUAUUUGCUGAUGAUGAAGAAAAACAUGGAUACAAAAGCUUGAAAUUUAACAAGUCGCUGAGGCCAAGAGCUA